UAAAUGACGUUGUCACCAUGGCAACAACGUACUCCAGCCUGGACAGUUAGUGCGUGUAAAAUGGCAUCGAUACAGAAGGAAAUCUUCAAUUGUGUGCUUUCUGGGGAUUUGGAAACACUUAAGAAGCAUUUUGAGGGUGUCACAGAGGAGCCACAGGACAAGGAUUUGUUCGGACUGAAGGACGAGUGUGGGAGAAAUGCCCUGUUAGCCGCCUGUGUGUUGGGGAGGAGCGCUAUCGUCCGAGAACUGGUCAGAAACGGAGCCCGGGUGGACGAGCCGACUGUCAGGGGUUAUUCUGCGUUGCAUCUUGCUGCUUGUUGGGGGCACCUGGAGACAGUGAGGACUCUGCUUGAACUGGGAGCUGACACAAAGAGCAGGACCUUCAGAGAAGACAGGCCUGUGGACCUGGCCAGGAGAUAUUCCAGGAUCGACUGUGCUGACAGUCUCAUGCUGGCAGAUGCUAAACAGGACUUGAUAUCAUAUGUUGCUUUCGUUAAAGACCUUACCUCUGACCCAGAGGGGAAGCUCACAAAGGAGGAAACGAACAUCUGUACGUGUGCCUGCUCUGCCAAGUCAGACUGGAUUAACAGUGUCAAAGACUCGACAGCCUCAGACUUCAUAGCCCAAAGGAAAGACCUUGAGGACACUCUUCAGCCUAUUCUCAGCAAGCUGCCAGCCUAUCAUGUUAUUACAGCAGCUGAGGUGCCUGUCAAACCAGCAGGAAUGGACUGAAGUAGAGGAGGUCUGUGCAGUGCCAUUGCUCCAGCAGAUGACCAUAUUUAGAAGUGGAACAUCAUUUGGACAUUUGUUUCUAAAGUAUUGCAAAACUGUU